GGUUAAACUAUAAUACGUAGGGCGAGGCGAAUUUAUUCCUUUUAAUUUUAGUUUCGAAAAAUAAAACAAUCGAUCGAUUACAUCGAAAUGUAUUUUGAAACGUACAUCACUAGUAGGAAUUCACCUGUCAUACAGGAAUUUGUUAUGAAGUGGGGACGGAGCGGAGCGAGGCGGGGAGAGCUCGUUCGCGAUUGCUUGCUCGUGUGUUGCACAGUUCUGUAAUUUAAUUAUUAUGUAGAUUAUCAAAACUUACCCCAUUGUUGUCGGUUCACAUAAAAUGUAAAAAGCCACCGCGUAUUCUCACGGAACGAAGAAAGUUGAAUGAGAAAAGUAUCAGACAGUGUUGUGGAUCUUACAGUGAUUGGAAAUUUGGAAUUGUUUGUUCGUGCCAUGGCAAGCUAAGUGCUAAUCAAUAAAUAACUCGGAAACUUAGUGAAAUCUCGUGUUUAAUACUGAAGUUUGGUCAAGUUUACUCGAUGGCGGGUUUUCAAGCGAGCGACACAAUGCCGAAACUCGGUCAUGUGGGGGACCUGCGCGAGCAGUGGCUGGUGCGCGCGGACGGCGCGUUGGCGCACCGCCUGCAGGACCGCGAGAUCUCCUCGCACCUUUGCGAGAACAGGUUCCGCAACCAGCAGAUCCGCGAGGACUUCCCGGUGGCGCUGAGCGAGCAGCAGGGGCUCGAGCACGAGGCGCGGCUGCGUGAACUCGCGCGCCGCCGCCAGGCGGACGUGGAUGCCGACAUCGCGCGAGAGAUGGCCGAGAUCAACCUCCGCCGCCAGCGCCGCCAGCACACAGACCUCAUCCGGCCCAGCUCCUCGCACACUCCGCCCGAACCGGCCCGGGCGGCUCCCGUCAAAUCUCCGCCUAAGCUCUUAGACGGCAUAGCGCCGGAGGAGCUGGGGCUGUCGCCGGCGGAACUUGAAGAACUCAGAUUGAGGUUGGAGCAGGAAGAGAGAGAUGCUCGGCUCGCGAGGCAGUUAAGCAGCGAGGUACAGGAGCAGGACGUCCUGCUGGCGGACAUGCGCUGCGCGGUGGAGGCGCAGGACGGUGAGCUGGCACGCCUGCUGCAGGAGCGCGAGUACAAGAAACUUCAGCGAGCCAAGGAGAAGGCUCGACAGAAAGCCCUCCUCAAGAAACAGCAGCGCUUGGCAGCCCAGCAAAUAGACACGCCCGACACCAGCCAGGCCACACUCUGCGACGCCUACAGCAACCCCAGGGACAUGAUACGCGAUAAUAGAUUAAGGCUUUGCAAAUCUGUGGAUUCAGAUCUGAACUAUGUAGAGCCUUUCGAAAAGGAACAUAUUCAAUCAAAAGCCAGCGCCCUGCAGGCCAAGGAGAUGUCCAAACAGUACUACAAUGACCAACCCGGCACAUCCACUGUAAAUAUAAAUAAUGUGACACAUGUGCACACCAGGUCUUUUGAAUCUGAGCGCACUGCAUCCAAUUCUGGGACGUCAUCACUUCAGCACAGGCAGCCUCCACCUCCACCUACAUCUGGCAAGAAGCCCCGCUUUCCUGACCCAGUGAGUAUCCGACCGGCUUCUCACUAUGCUGCAGAGACCAGUGACAGUCCUCCGCAAACAAUUCCGCACAGCUACAGUGAGAACAACAAUCUAUACAGCUCCACAUUCCCCCCGGACCUGCCAGGCCCCCAGCACAUGGACAGACACCAGGACAACUCCAAGAGGUUGUCUGUGAUAUCCGACAUCACUGCCGAGGGCCUGGCCAAAAAGAAGAGCAAGCAAGCUGAGAUGCAUAAGAAGAGAAAGGGAUGCAAGAUACAAUAGAUAUAUUUACAUGUUUAGUCUUGCAGGUUUGUCGAUUUCUUCUUGGUUAGAAAGAUUGUUUUUAACACAUUGACAGUAGUAUCUGGUCAAAUGGCCCAAUGCAUAAGCAAUGUUAAAAAAAAGCUUUGCAAUAGUUUGUGAGUUUGGUGAGCAUGACGAUUAUUGCAAUCUCAAAUUUAAAACAAAGGCUCAAAAUAUUCAUGCUUAUUCCUAGAUUUGUCUACACUUUACACACCAUGAACUGGGCAUAUGAGUAAUGCUGCCUUCCCACUGGCGCGAAGAUGACAGGAGACAUGCAGGAAUCAACCAAUAGAAAUCCAGCAGAGCAGGAGACGUGCAGAAAUCAACAAUGCUAUUAGUUGAUUUCUGCACGUCUCCUCUCAUCUCCCCUCAUCUCUGCCCGAGUGGGAAAGCAGCCUAAAGUUCUCAUAUGGUGUAGUGUGUUCAAAUACAAAUAGCCCAAAAUACUUACUUUUUGUAAGUUCAAUUUAUUUUGUAGUAUUAUACGAUGUGUAAGGCAGUAUCUAUUUUUAUUCUCUGGCAGGGACCUGCAGAACCAAUGAACGAGCCAUUUUUGUAACUUUAAGGAGCAUGUGCCUUGUAGGAUUAGGGGAAAAUUACAUUCCAAUUUAAUAAUUAUUAAGUGUUACACAAAAUUGCAGGUUGAGUCACGUUUGUCUUCUGAUAAGCUAUGAACACACUGUUUUAUAAACAUGAAAACGUGAUCUAUUGCAAUGUAGUCAAUUAUUCCAAUAUGGAACUAACAUAUCGUAUUUAGGCGGCAAUUAGACUAUCAUAGAAAUAAUCACAUAUAAUAUAUAAAGGAUCCGAUUUUACAGUAAUCCUACAAUUAUGAUCAAAUACGUCAAAUUUGUUAAAAUUUUAAUUGUUGUUAUUACACCAUAAUAGGUUCUUCAUUUAAAUCUGUAUCUAUGAUAGUCUAAUUACGGUCUUAUCUCAUGCUGUAUUUAUUCCAUUAUGACAAUGUAUCCGAUUGUCCAUGCCUACGGAGGCACUUACUAGAAACUCUUGACAUUGAUACUCUUGUUAGUACUCUAUGAGUCUAUACUAAUUGUCUCUCUAUUAUUUCAUAUUGUAAUGUAUAAAGGCCAGUCCAGACGGGAUGGUCAACCGAUUUGAUCAGAAAAGAAAUGUGCGUCAAUCUCCAAUUGAAUUACCAAUUUUAGAUUUAUGGAGAUCUAUAUUAAGCACUCUAAAUAAGAAAAAUGCCCCCAAACGCGAAUAUUUGCUUCAAAAAUUGGUAUUCUUGCGUCCGCACCUCCAUUUUAUGGGUAAUAUCAAUCAUGAUCGCGUCCGCACUACCUGAUUUGAUCAUACGAUUUCACGAAGAUCAGGUUGGCAAAAAUUGUUCCCGUCUGGACUGGCCUUAACUCUUUGCUAAAGGGAUAAAAAACUUAUAUUUGCUCAAAAUUUCUCAAUUAAAAUUGUAAUCUCAAUUAUUUACAUUUAAUUGAUAAUAUUAUAACCUAAUUACCUAUAGGUAUUUGAUUUGGAAUAUCUGGUUUGUACUUAUUUCAGUAGAGGAUAAAUUAUUUAGACUGAAAAGAAGGUCUAAUCUAAUAAUGGUAGAUUUUUAUGUAUUUACACCAGGAUUAAAUGGCCACCAUUUCAAACCAGUAUGUGAGAAUUUUUCAAUGGCUCAUCAUUAUCAAAAGUACAAUGAUCAUUAAAAACCUACUUUGAUAAUAAUAUCGUACCUACCUACCAUAUGUAGGAUAAGUACUACAUGAGCAAUUCCUUUUUUUACUCAACAUUAUGAUGAGUGUUUAUGUCAUUCCAUCCUAUCUAAUCUUCUAUGUAUAUGGUGCUCAGAGUAAUUCUCACAAAUGUUAAAAUAUAUGUAUCAGUAUUUAUAUAGCUAUUUAUAUUAUGUAACACUUGGAACUGAUCAAAUAUUCACAUCGCCUUAUUUAUGUCUAAAUAUGGACGGAAUUAUAAAACAUAAAUGGGUAUUUAAUAUGCAUAUGGCUUAUGCAUACGCUAUAGCGUUACGGUUGUGUAAUGUCGAUACGGUUAUUACUUAACACUUAAGUGUCGUUAUAUACGGAAGUUCUAGAGGUAUUCAAUCAAAAUGCAAUUAGCACAAAAAAUAUCUAGAUAAACUGUUACCGAUUUAGGGGCCGGCAAUCUUUUGUUAAGAAGAGCUGACUGCAAAUACUGUUUUCAGUGGUCAGUGAACAGUUAAGUGUUAAUAUUUUAGGUAGCUUGAAGAGCCGCAAUUAAUUUGUUAAUUCCAACAGCCGCGGUUUGCCUACCCCUGCUAUGCCACAUCUUAUUCAUACUAUAAUUGCAUAAUCUACAUUCAGGCCACCCUACACUAGCGUCUCCCUAGCGUCAGCGUCUAGUCAACUCUAUGGCUGCUGCUCGACACACGUUGGCGCAACUGCGCAGCGACGCCAUUUUCCAUAGCGCUUACUAGACGCCGACGCUCAAAAGACGCUAUUGUGGGGUCUACGAGCUAUAGCCGGGGUACAGCCAAUUACAGUUGGUCUUUGCCGCCCCUAUAGUUUACAAAAAAAAACUUUUUGAGGCAGGAGAUGCUGUAAUAGGUUUAGAUACCUAUUGGAAGCUGUGUUAUAUCUGUUGAAUGCUCGUCAGCAUAAGGCUGCCCAGCCACUGUGGCGGAGCGGAGGCACAUUUCCGCUCCGCUCAGCCUCUGGACAGACAGCCUAACAGGUAGCGACUGUGAUUUUCGCGAGGCUAUUCAUUAUCUCCAGGGCUAUUUCUGUACUUAAUAAUUCCAGGAAUGAACCGGGGGUCGACACACAGCCGCGUAUUACACUAAUCACCUUCGGGGGAUCUUAUGCCUUUGUGAUUAAGUUCAAAUUUGAUCAGUCAAUUGUCGACGGUGAUACGGCUUCGGUCAUCCAGAUCGGGUAUCUGCAACACGAUGUGCUAUAAAUCUUAGGGGAAAAAUUUCUAGCUGUAUCUCUCUCUUCUCUCAAUGGAACAGAGUGCUUAAUUGUAAACACAUGAUUUUGAUUCCUUUGAGCGCGACAACAAUUUGACAACAUGUGAUGUGUUAUAGCGACCCAUGGCCCUUUGAUAUAUUUUGUGUUAAUUUGCAUUAUGAUUGAUAACCACUUUUAUUAGCGUUUUAUCUAGUUAUUCCUUUUCAUUAGCAGUAGACAGGUCUGAGGGCCUACCGCGAAGCGGACACCAAAAUUUUUUAGGUAUCUGCCUCUGUAUCGCACCUGCAUUGUCUAGUGACUCUAGCGCUAGAGAGGCAAAUAUAACGAAAACUCGACGUUAGCGGUAAAUCCUGUUAGAUUUUUUUUUUCAUAUCCGCUCUGUAUGUCAUGAUAUGAAGAUGAUUAAGUCAGUGGUAGCUAUGACUUUAAGUAUGUAACGUUAGUUAGUAUGUUAAGUUAAUCAGCUAGUCUUCGUCUUCGUAUAUUUUUGAAGUCUGUUGUUUCUUUCCAUUUCGAUUUUUGUAAUGAUCAAAAGAAAUAUUUUUGUUUGAGUUGAUUAUUUUCGGAAUUCUUAUUUUAAUUUGAAAUGGCGGUAUAAUUUUCGAUUUUAGAAUUUUUAUUAAGUGUUUUGUAAACAACUUCAAGUAUUUUAAGAAUCUUGUAGAUAAUGAUUGUACCUCGUGUGACGAAAUGAGACGGUUAUACAUUUCUUGUACCCUCUAAUUUUUAUUGAAGCUAAAAUGAAAGUUUCCUUUGUUUCCUAUGACAUAUUUUUGAACUUUUGGGCAACUUUCCGCAACUUGCAUAUAUUAUAUAUAUAGAUAUGCAAGUUGCGGGAACUACGAGUGAUUUAUGCCUGUUGCCUUCAGUGCUCCGACAACAAGGCUAACAAGGCAAAUCGCCGGGUGUAAACGCGCCCUAUUAACCUACGUAAGACCGUCUCAUUUCGCUGACACGAUUAAUUAACUAAGCUUUAAUUGCAAUCUUUGGCCUUGAAUGUGCCUUAACGGAACCGAACCAAACUCGAUUAUUUAUUACUUACUCGAUAAUUAGCCAUAAGGUUUACACUAUUUUAAGGGAUUAGGGUACUGCGAUACCUAGCUGUCAUGCGUACAGUCGGACUCAAAAGUCGAUAGUGGGUACAGUCGUCUACUAUAAUAUCUUGCGCAACAAAAGCGUGCAAAAAUAUAUACCUAGGUGUUAUUGCUGGUGACUGUCCCUAGUGACUUUUUAAACUGUACAUUCGACGUCAGAAAUAUGUUUACACUUUUGCUCUUUACUCCUUCAAGGGUUUUGGAAGGGGGAUAUUUCGUAAGGCUUUGCUCAUAAAGCCUUUUUAUUUGGCUUUUUAAGCGCUUCAUAACACGGGUAGAUACUCGUUUCUGAGCGCUAUAACUAUAACCUCUUGCUUGGGGGUAUUCAUUAUAACACUUAUGCCAUUUUCAACUUUCUCUUCGUAAAAAUAUAAUCAAAUAUUGCUUAUUUAUGUUUAAAGUGAAGGACUAGCGCAAUGACAACACAAUUGUCAUAGUUUUUUUGAUUCAGGAAGGGGAUACUCCUUCAUUUUAACGGUAUCUCUUAAAGGAAAACCCCUCUAGGCCCCUUAGCUCUAGGAGCUAAGUCAAAUGAACGGGUAAUCAAUUCAAAGAGAAAACUAAUCGUUGGGGCUAUUCAAUAAACCCUUAUUUAAGCCAUUUAAAGGGAAGGGGUGGAUGGGUCCCUGUUAGUAAGGCAAAAAUUGUAAACAUAUCUUUGACGUCGACUGCACAAUUUCACUAAAAUCAAUGCGACCAAAUCCGUCUGCGGAAAAUAACGUAUACAAGCGUUUUUUUUUUUUGUAACAAUAGUACACGAUUGUUAACUUCAUCGACAAAGCAGCAAGUGCUUUUAGUUCCAACAAUUCAAAAGCCAAUCGGCUCUUUUUCCUAAUACAGUUGAACAAAAAAAAAAUACCUAUGCUAGUGUACGGAAUUGUCCGCAGACGGAGUUGGCCGCAUAGACCUUUCCUAUAUACUAAGGUGUUUAUAAGGUGAAAACGUUCUGAUUAACACACAGGGUGAUAUUUUAUUUAGCAUAUUUUCUAAUUAAACUUCACAAGCGGUGUUUAUUUACUCAACUUUUGUAAUUGUCCUAAUUAAUGAUCAUUUUUAGAGAUUGUAUUUUAGUUAUUUUAUACGAUUGAUUAUUAAAUGAGAAUUAUUAAAAUCUGUUUGUACCAGAAGAA